GGAUCAGUGCGGUGUGUGUAGCGUCUCGGAACAGUUUAUUAUUUAAUAUGAACAAAAAAGCUGUGUUUUUAUUAUAUUUGCUGUAUUUGCGAAAAAAGAAGUGUCGAGAAAAAAGACGAAGACGAUAUUGGGUCCAUCCCAUAUUAUCUCAAAAAUAUGUAGAAGGAGCAUUUUAUACAAUGUUUGAAAAAUUGCGCGAGCAUGAUGAAAAGUUUUUUAACUACUUCAGAAUGAGCACAGCUACAUUUGACUACUUACUAGAAAAGUUAUCAUGUAGCUUACAAAGACAAGAUACUCAAAUGAGAUUAUGUGUACCUCCAAAAGAAAUGCUGGCAAUAACACUGAGAUAUUUGGCAAGUGGAAACACGUUCACGGAUAUGCAUUAUGCCUACAGAUUAGGAGUUUCAGCCAUAAGCAAGAUUAUAAAAGAUGUUUGUCAUAGUAUUUGGAAUAUUUUGAAAGAUGAAUAUCUUCCAACUCCAACAGUAGAAAAUUGGAAGGACAUUGCUGAUGGAUUUACAAGAAAUGCUCAGUUUCCGCUCUGCAUAGGAGCUGUGGACGGGAAACACGUCCGAAUUAUGAAGUUUCCAGGCAGUGGAUCGAUUAAUUUGAAUUAUAAACAUUUUUUUUCGAUAGUCCUAAUGGCUAUUGCGGAUUCUAAUUACCGCUUUAUAUACGUAGACAUAGGUGCCUUUGGUAAGGAUUGCGACUCAUCAGUAUUUAAAGAAACCGUGUUUUGGAAAUUAUUACAACAAAAUGCCUUGAAUAUUCCCCACCCAAGAACCCUAAUUUCAACAGGAGACAAUCUACCAUUCGUCUUAGUUGGAGACGAAGCAUUUGCACUUUCCCAGAAUUUACUUAGGCCAUAUGGGGGCCAUAGUUUAAAUAUUAAUAAAAGAAUUUUCAAUUAUCGCUUAUGUCGAGCGCGACGGUACAUAGAAUGUUCGUUCGGUAUAUUAGUGAAUAAGUGGCGAAUAUUUCACAGAGCCAUAAAUGUUGGUAAGGAGUACGCAAAAGAUAUUGUUAAAGCGUGCAUAAUUUUGCACAACCUAGUUCGAGAAAAAGAUGGCACUCGUGUAGAAGAUAUGUACGCACCAGACAGAGAGCUACAAAAUCUACCACCAACUACAGCAUGUCGCGGUGGACGAGCUGCCAAUGAUGUUCGCGAUAAAUUUGCAGAAUUCUUUGUGAGUCCAGAGGGAUCCUUACCAUGGCAAAUGUCUAAAAUUUAGCGCAUAAGUUACUGCUUCUGGUUCUAUUUAAUGUCUUUAUACUUAGAUAUUACUUUUACAUUUAGGCAAGUGUUCUUUAAGUUUAAAGCUCAAAUAGGUACAUAUGUACUAACCUAGAUCUGUAACGUAGGCUGUAAAUGUGAAUAAAUACAGGUAAAAACAUGCACUUACCAAUUUUUUGCUGUUCUUGUUCAUUUAAAUUAUCGAAAUUGGCUUCAAGGUAUUUAUGCACUUCUUUCCACUCACGUUUUUUCAAUAUCUUGUCUUUGUAAGUCUCGGAAAAUUUAUUCCACAAACAGGG